GUUAGCCGAUGGACUUUUAGUUUACGUGAGCUUUCUGUGAUACGUGUGCUCUAAUCCAGGAUCGAAUUGCCCGCAACCUACUGCCGUUUCAAUGGCAUCAGAAGUGAACGACUAGUGGCCAGUAAAGCGCAACAUCGGCUCUCUAACUAUUAACGAGCGACGUGCGACGAUAAUUGUCUGAGCGAAGAUUCGCGGCCUGUCAGUGUUUCGUGUCCGGUAAAAUUAUGGUGCUUCUGCUACCUGCUGCUGCUGCCGCUACGAUUAUUAACAGCUUCGCUCAAAAGUACCGUCGUAGACCCUAGGCGGGACCUGUGGAAUGAUUACGGUCUAUCACUGUGAUGUUGUUUUAUACUAAAUAUCGAGUAGCAACAACAACGUAAACGUCGAACCGAUUCAUUUUAUCGGCACUGUCCUAACGUAACAAACUCAGCAGCAGUAGCGUCAGCAGUCCGCUGAAAAUCCCACUGGUUUCUGCGUUAGGUUUCCGAGCGAUUCUGCUGCAACAAGUUUUUACCACAGUGCUACACACAUUUGUAUGAUCCUAUAACACAGAAGCUUUGAUCGAAGAUCGGUUGCAUUCUGUGCCUUGCUGUGUGUAUGUGUGUGAGUUCGUGUUGAGUCUGUGGCGUGCAGUUGGUUAGCACAGAAGUCGUUGGUAGUCGUCUGUCAGUCUGGUCGUUGGUCUGACGGGUCUCAAUCUGUUACCAUCGAUCAAUCACUGAAACUUGUGUAAUCCGCCGGUGUGAUAGCUGUUAGUCGUAAGCAAUGGCAAGUAACCUGUCUCACUUCGAUGAACGAGGAGGACGCGUCGAUUGUGCUACAAGAUGGGGUUACUGGUUCCAGACCGUCGCCGAGGUGUUCGUCAACAUCCAGGUGCCCAAAGGUACGCGGGCCAAGCAAAUGGAUGUGCGGAUGACGACAAGAGAGCUGCACGUCUCUUGUAAUGGGAAGAAGAUCUUAGGUGGUCGUCUACAUCGUCCUAUUCGGCCAGGCGAGUCCACCUGGACAAUCGAGGAUGGAGACAAGGUGACCGUUCUUUUAGUGAAGGCACAAUCGGCGAAGAGUGAAGACGUUUGGAGUUCGCUUUUGGAGGACGAAUUCAAGGCUGACCCUAUGACGCUAAUGGAAAUGAUGAAAAAACUAGAUCUUGAGAAAUUUCAAAUAGAAAAUCCUGGUUUCGAUUUUAGCAAUGCGGUGCUGAGCAAGAAGUAUGAUAGUUUACCUGGAAUGUAGUUAAUUUCAUAGUUUAGAAUUAGCAGCUCGUUUAUAUUUGUCCGUAAAUGUAUGUAAUUCGUCUAUAAAAAUUUAUAUCACUCGUCUAUAACCGUUUAUAAUUUUUUUUGCUAGUGGAAUCAAGUCCCUGAAAUGCAAAUUUGGUAAAAAAAAAUUACUUAAUUAUAUUGUUUCUUGUCCUAUUGAGCACUCGUACGUUACUAAAUAUUGUAUGUUCAGCUUCAUACAAAAUAAGAACGACAGAUCGGCUGUCAAUAAAAUCAAAUCUAAGUUUUUCUUACUGAUGUUUGUCGUGCUGCGGAAAAAUCGCCAAAAGCCAUAAAUGCUAUAAAUUACGAUUUCUUUAUACUGUUUAUGCCCUUUUGAAGUAUCAGAGUGGAGGCAACACAUUAACCGAGUAUCGAACAUAUGCUUGAAUGUACGUAUAUGGCAAUUCGUGCCUAAUUAGUUAAAACAAAGGGAAAAUUUGUCUUUCUUAUUACGGGAUUUCAAAGAUAUCGAAUCCAUUUCUACUGAUACUAGGUGUUAGAUUCUAUCAUUGAGUUUAUCAAAAGAGCAGACAAAUAUUGCGGACCGCAGGCUUCUAAAGAUUAACGCGAUCCUAAUUCAACUGCAUAUAUAAUAUGAAAAUUGGUAAUCUUAUAAUAACAACAAAUAUUAUGUUUUUUUGUUUUUGUUUUAAUACAUAUGUUAACUAAUUUACUUUCAAUUGUUAUUUGUCUGCGGUUUGGUAAUGUGAUCACAUUUUAAUGGCUACCUAUUUUUUCGAGAUACGGUGUUUGGAUAUAUUGCGUCACCCAAAAACGGUCCUUUGAGUCCAGUACCAACAAUGUAAGUGAACCUUCAACGUGAUCAAUAAAUAAAACCAAUACGUUUAUUCCUUGUAGGCUUUCAAGUAUAAUAUAGAAACAUUGAAGCUGUUUUUGGUCAAAUUGAGCUCUACUGAUAAUGCAAAAAUGUUAUGUGAUAUCCUAGUUCAGGCUGAAAUUGUUUUUUACUUGAGGAGUGACCUCUGCUUAUGUCAACUAUUAAAUAUUACAUACUCCGGUUUUUCUAAAUAUUUCUCUUAAAAUUUUAUUCUGUUUGUUGAGUAGUGCAAAAAAAGGCUUUUUUUUUAAAGCAUUCAAUGUGGAAUCCCAAAAUAAUAUAUAGAGUCAGUCUGAAAACAAAUCGUACUUGUUCAAGUUAAUUACUUUUUACAACUCAGCCUUUUUUACUGAAUGCUUGUAAUAUACUGGGGGCCGCUAGCUCUUAUACAAAACGAACGCUUCGAUUCAACCAAAGAAGUCCAGAUCGAUGAACUCCCUUUUCCACACUAUUAACUCCAACCACUCCAUUUAUUAGUCUCCUCCCACAUUUGCCCCACCAAGUCCUACCUGUAUUAGGUUAGUCUCCUUACAGUGCUGUGUAAACGCCAGCAUGUUCCCCGUUGGCCAGACUUUCGCUGUAGCCAACUGGUCAUCUUCGUGGGUUGUCAGCGGCCAGUCGAUUGGGGACCUAUCCCGAACUUAUCUUUGAUUGACCAUUUGGAAAGCGUUAGAUCUUUCUCAUUACUGGUCUUGAUGUCCAUGUUUGUUAUCGGUAGUUCUAAUUUGUUCUGUGUUUGUCUAUACAAAUUGCUGAAUAAAAAUAUGUGCACGUGAAAGCACAAUCAGAGUGUUUCAUUGUUAUGUGAAUAUACUAUGUGAUUCGCCAUCCUAUGACUCAAAAUCUAUUAUGAAAAGCUUCAGUUAUCAUUGUCACCGACUGCGCGUAUAAUAUAUUUGUAUCUGUAACAGAAUGCAUUGCAUACAGCUUCCGAAGAGCAGUACUCCUUAAAAUUAUCAGAAACAUAGGUUAAACUGAAGGUAAACUGUUAUUAAUGUUUGGCCAUACGAAUCAUGCGGAAUUGCGCUACGUAUUCUCUCAAAACUGCCUCAUUGAUAUCAAGGGUUUACCAAAUUUGAACAAAUCUUGCAUGCGGAGUCUUUUACUGACUUCGUCAACCUUAACCACUUUGGCUUUAUAUAACUGAGCAUGCUUAAAUUUCAAUUUCACUAACGACUAUUUGCUUUUUCUGAGACGCAGCGUUAAUUAAUGCGAAUGAAUGUGCCCAAAAAAGAAUUUACUUUAAGGAAAAAAAAAUUAGCUUUGAUUCCUAUCGUUCCUAAUCGUUCUCAGUCGCCGAUCAAACUAAAAUGGGGCAAUUUUCGAGUAUUCAAUGUGGAUUAUUUUAACAAAACUGAGUUUUAUAACUAACAGCAUAUGGCACACGCUCCUUCGUUAUAUCCUAACGGGGCCGCGCCUUUAAAGCGAAUCAACCUAUGAUCCUUCCCGUCUGAUCUAGCAUCUCAAAGACAGACAAUGAAAGAGAUGCAAUAUAAACCUUCCAUGUUUCAUUCUCGUUUUCUAGCUAUUUAAUAUGAUCGUCGAUUACUUUGAAACAUGAGGUUCUCGACGCUUACUGCUUAUCACUGCUCACCAGAUAUGAGUUUUUUUCAGGACGUUAUUGCUUAAUUUUUCAAACAUUUCAGCCUGUUUAUUGAUACUUCAACUGUUUUUUUCCUAAUUUCCCUAAGUCCCAUUCGGCACAUUUUCCACAAAAAGCCGGCCUUCUGAUCGAAAGUAAUUUUUCCUGUCGCCGAACAAGCAAGGUCUAAGGCCUAGCUUGCAAGAUAUAACGUGGUUUAACUGGUUGAAUCUAACAAUUAAUUUAUGCUGUUUUUUAAUGGUGCUACCUGUCGCUUAACAAAAACUAUUAUUUUAUGUAUAGUAGAUUAAAAAAUGGAAAAUGCAAUUGUUAUUUUUUGAAAUGGUUCUAUUAGACUAAAAGUUGAUGUCUAUAAAUGAAGCAUGAAUAACACAUCCAUAUAUGGUAGUUAACUUAGGUCGUUUAUUUACAGUAAAACAAAUUGUGUCUUUCUUACCCCUUAACCCGAGUGUGAACUCUGUCGGGCUCCUUUUUGUACUUUGUCGUCACGAAAUAGUACGGUUUUUAUAUUCUGCCUAUCGAGAA